UGACAAUCCUGACAGCUUCCUGGGAAAUCUUUUCUUGUCAGCCUCAAAAGUAUCGAACUCAAAAAUUUACGAACGUAAACGACAGAGUUGAGUUCACUUCGAACUCCCAGACAUUCGUUUCUGUCUCAUCUUCUUGUUUAACUGCCGGUGGUCCAAUAAACAAAAAAUGGUGACCGAGUUGAAGUACGAGAUCUCACAGAACGCUUACAUAAAGUUGGUUCUACAUGCGUUGAAGCACAAGACCACGGCGGUCAACGGCGUCUUACUCGGCCGAGUCAACCCGCAAAAAGAAAACGUCGUUGAGAUCCUUGACUCAGUCCCUCUCUUUCACUCCAAUCUUGCUUUAUUGCCUCCCCUCGAGAUCGCCCUCAUCAUGGUAGAGGAGCAUUAUGGAUCUGAGGGCUUGGGAAUUGUGGGUUAUUUCCAUGCAAACGAGAGGUUUGAUGAUGCAGAGCUAGGCAUCUUGGCAAAGAAUAUUGGUGAUCAUAUCUGCCGGUACUUUCCCCAAGCUGCUCUUCUCUUGUUAGAUAACAGAAAGCUUGAAGCUCUGCCCAAGGGGAAAGACCAGAGUCCCAUGAUGCAGCUUUAUAUAAGGGAUGCAUCCAAGAACUGGAAACUGGUUGGACCAGAUGCAGGCAGCCGAUUGCUCAUAAAGGAGCCAGCAGCAAAUAUAGUCUUGUCGGAUUAUAUUGCAUCUGAGAAAUGGCAGGAUGUUGUAGAUUUUGAUGACCACCUUGACGACAUUAAGAAGGAUUGGCUUAAUCCAGAAUUCUUAAAGUAAAGAUCAUUGGUUGGUUGUUGGUUGAUUGAACGUAAAGGCUGAUGCGAAUAAUUGUCUGUCGAAGAAUGUGAAGUAGACAAUGAAUUUGACAAAACAUGGGCUUAAAGAUAUUUAUUUGCCAAGAGAUUUUGUUGUGAUGCAUUAACCGAAUAGUUUUAAGUUCAUGAAGAUACCUUCUCCACAUAUCUAUAGUGAAAUGAGGAUGUUAAUGGUCAUGAAAUGAUGAUAUUAUUUGAAUGUUUCACCCCAGGAAGGCCUAAA